GACGGUCGAGCAGGUGUCCGCGGUUGAUGUAAUCAAGAGUCACGCACUCCAAAUGCCGAGCCGAAUUCGAAGGGGCGGAUUUGCCAGCCAAGUAAGUGUGUGUUGCAAUUUACUGAUAAGUGCUAACACUACUGGCUCUGUGUGUUCCCCUCCUCUCCCCGCAGGAUGUCGGCAGUCUCUAAUACUGGUAAACGUUUUUGUCCGCCUCUCCUCCUAUUUAUCGAACAGUAUUUAUGCUUCUGCUCUCGCUCGGUCCAUUGCGCUGCAGCAGGGCCUGUUGUUCGGGUCUGUUGUUCGCCCGUUUUAUGCUCACUCCGCCCUAUCGUUCUUUUAUCACUUCCGCUGGCGCUGCAAGAAUCACAAUAAUCAAUGUGUGGGAAUCGUUAGCCCUUGCGCCAGGGCGGUGGUAGUGGUGGUGGUGCUACUACCGUGUAGAGGCGCUCUAGUGGAUGAUAGCCGUCGUGCGCGACCACCUUCACUGCUACACCUUCCCUUCCCUCCUUUGUUCACGUGCGCAAUUUUGUUCGAUCGUAGCAGCCGCAGCAGCAGCAGCAGCAACACAAAAAACAGUUCAGUUUUCCUUUUCGCCAACCCACCAACACUACGUGUUCAACAGUCAGCACACCGCCACCACCACCGCACGGAGGAGGAACUCAAUUAUGCUGUUUUAUCUAGCGCCUGGUGGCCUCGUUCGUUUUUGCACACACCCUCCCCUAGCGAAAUCCGCUUUUCUCCCGUCCACCACAGUAUGCAGCGAAUGUUUGGGACGAACUUUUGUUGUUGUUGUGGAUUAGCCUUCUCUUUAGCCCUUUUGGGACAUUUUAGGGUUUUGCGUAGGCAGGCAGACCGUCGCCACUUGCGCUGCUUUGCGUGCUACUGCGAGAACUGCCCGUGCGGUAGGCGUGAUGCAGCAGAAUGGUCACUCUGGGUGGAGGGAGAGAGGAAGAAAAAACGGUCGGAGAAACUACACUUAUCACACAACACUCCGCAAGAAAUCGACUUGUGGCCUAUCUCGCCGUUCCAAACUGAAAAACGCAAACGAGCAGCCCAGCGUGUGUGUGUGUGUGUGAGUGCGUGGUGCGCCUUCUAUUUGGCAUGUAAUUGCGCAAGUGUGCGUGUGUUGGUGGCGGUUUGACAGCUGGGCCGAGUUGACGUAGAAAAUCAUAUUGCCGGACGAAAGGAAACAAAACAAAGGCGGAGGCCUAACUCAUACGGCAGCAUGGAAAAAGCGUGGAAACAAUUUAACCAGCUGCUCGUUUCUCCCUCCGUGUCUAGUGGGUGGACAACCCGCAGGAAGGGCGUUAGACGACAGCCAAAAACUCGUGUAAAUAAACAGAAAAGUG